AUGGCCGCCCAACCUCUGCACCGUUUCGUCUACCUCCCAUACGAAAUCCGAGAAAUGAUCAUUGAAUAUGCUGCCACAGCCGGUUCGGAGUUCUUUUACUACAAACAGCACCUUGAAGAGCUCCGAAAAGUUGACCGCUUGUUCUGCGCGGUUGCCUCCCGCGAGCUUUUCGCCACCUGCACUGUCUACAUCAAUGACAGCAAACUCAUAGUCCCGAAGGGCAAUGGGCGAAAGAGAAAGAGAGGGAGGAGAGAGAAGAUGGAAAAAGCUUUACCUUUCACCGACUUUGAAAUAUUUCGGACAAAGAACAACAAUGUCGCCCACAACGUGCGCAAACUUAUAAUCGGCUGCCGCGGUUCUUGGGAACACCUCGAGGGUAUCAGAGACAAAAUCGAAUCAUACGGAAAGGACCUCAUGCGCAUCUACUUUCCCCUAUUAAUCCGUCUCCGUCGCCUUGAGUUUCUGAGCCUGACUAUCGCCUUCGACAUACUUGCGGAAUGUGAAAGCCGAUACCUAGCCAGAGCCCUUCUCGCGGGACUAAAGGACUACAUGCCCCCUCGCCUCGAUGACAUCUACGUCAGACACUAUAAUGUACAUUCUUCGCGGACACCGAGCGUUGACCUCCUCCCUUCCAUCAUGGCCCGCCUCCGCCACUUCAAAAGUAACUUAUUCGCACAUAAGCACUGGCUCGGACCAGAACAUUCCAAUGUCUUCCAUUUGCUCGGGCAUGGUGAAUGCCUCAUUUCCGUGGAGAUAGAUGGUCAGACCGAGUCUAUAUUAUCUAAGAAGGAACUGUCCCUGGCACCUCUCUGUCCAUCAUUGGUCCAUCCUGAUGCCCCGUUACGCUCUUUUAGACUCUACAUGUCUACCAUUUCGGCGUCCCGACUUGCUGGUCUUCGCCAUUUCAGGAAGUCACUACGCUAUGUCGGCUUGAAGGUUGUUAAGUUGGAUAGAGGGCUCUGGGACGAGGUGUUCCAAGCUCUCAGUGAGAUAGAAGGUCUUACCCUUCUGGGAAUACUCGCUUGUGGGUAUGACUCUAAGGGUUCGGGCAAGGACUUCGCUCAUAGCAGCGGGUCGUGCGGUUCGGAACUCUACUCGACAAGAAUAGAGGAUCAGCAGGCACUGGAGAAUUGUUUUGCGGCUACCAAGAGGAAUAGGCUAGCCAUUGGCGAUGAAUAA